GAUACAAACGCACGUCUCUCUCUCUCUCUCUCUCUCUUUCUAUCCAUUUGAAUAAACAUUCACGUUUAAUAUGUACACGCGCUUUAAAACGAAACGCAAAAUAAAUUAAGUUUUAACAUUUUUUUUCUAUAAAUAAGUGAAUUAUAAUAUUCGUUAUUUUCUUAUACAAGUGAAACUCGUACAUAUGUUCAAUGUGAAAUGUUCUAUCUGUGUUUAUAAUCUUGGUAUACGGGCAUUUAAUCAUCAUUCAUAUUCCAGAUGAUAAGAAAUUCAUCACCCAAAUGGAGUUUGUAUAAUACAUUCGCUGCGUUGGUUACAACUAUACUCAAUUGAUUGAUUAUGACAGUGUAUUUAGUGAAAUGAAUAUUGAAAAAAAUUAAUUUUGAUAAAUUUGACGAAAUAGAAGCCCCCCCCCCCCAAAAAAAAACAAAAAAAAAUGCACAGAGCAGCUCGUUACGGUUGCCUUCAAAGCACUUUUGCAAAAAGCUGUCGUUUCAUUGUUUUGUCUUCGUUUAGACAAGGAAAAAUAGUACCAUAUAAAUUAACGGAUAUCGGCGAGGGAAUCCGCGAGGUUACCGUAAAAGAAUGGUUCGUUAAAGUUGGUGACAAGGUGGCCCAAUUUGAUAAUAUUUGCGAGGUACAAAGCGAUAAGGCAUCAGUAACAAUAACGAGUCGUUACGAUGGUCUAGUUAAAGCUUUACAUUAUAAAAUUGACGACAUCGCUCUUGUAGGAAAUCCUUUGGUAGACAUUGAACUUGUCAAUGAAGAAUUUGACAAUGAGUUCAGCCAAGAGAAAAAUAUCCAAGAGCCAAAGAAAAAUCAGAUAAUAGAAACAAGUUCAAAUGUCACAAGAGACGAUAUCACGAAUGUUGAAAAUCUCUUAGGAAAAGUAUUGGCCACUCCAGCAGUCAGGCGAAUUGCUCUAGAAAAUAAAAUUAAUUUAAAGGAUGUCACAUCCACCGGUAGAGAUGGACGUGUUUUAAAAGAAGACAUUCUUGCUCACAUCAAAUGUCAUAUCGAAAAUUCCAACGACGACGACGACGAUGAGAAAAAAAAUCCCUUGGUAAAUGUCACUCCCGUCAAAGGAUACGCCAAGCACAUGUGGAAAACAAUGACUAAGGCUUUGACUAUUCCACAUUUUACGUACAGUGACGAUUGUGAUGUGACAAAACUGAUACGCUGUCGUGAGGAAGUAAAAGAUGCAUUGAAAAAAGAAGGAAUCUCUUUAACUUACAUGCCAUUUUUUGUGAAAGCAGCAUCAGAAGCCCUGAAGGAGUUUCCUCAACUAAAUGGUUGGCUCGAUGAUGAAUCGGAGUCGGUGAAAAUGGUCAAACAUCACAAUAUAAGCAUUGCAAUGGAUACGCCUCAAGGGUUGAUUGUGCCAAAUAUAAAGAAUGUCCAGAAUCUCAGUAUUGUGAACAUUGCCAAAGAAUUGAAUCGACUACAAGAGCUCGGCAAAAAAUCCUCAAUUCCACUCAAUGACAUAUCAGACGGGACAUUCUGCUUGUCUAAUAUUGGAACAAUUGGCGGUACGUACAUGAAACCAGUUAUUUUAUCGCCUCAGAUAGUAAUAGGAGCUGUCGGAAAAAUUCAAAAGUUACCGAGAUUUGGCGAAGGGAAUUCUGUGAUAGCUGUCAAUCUCCUGUCAGUUAGCUGGUCUGCCGAUCAUCGAGUUGUGGAUGGUGUAACAAUGGCAAAGUUUUCAAAUCAAUGGAAACAUUACGUAGAAAAUCCACUACUUCUUGCUUUAGGAAAAUAAUAUUUUUCAAUUAAUUAACAUUUUUUUUUUACACCUCGAUAUUAUUCUCAUUGAUAAAUCAAUAUUUUCAUUUCCAAACUUUUUUUAUGUUUUUUAAAAAUAAGUUAAAAAUUUUGUUUUAUAAUUAGUAAAGUAAAUUAUUCUAAAAAUAAGAAACAAUUGUGAGAAUUAUUAAAAAAACAAAAAUUUUUUAAAAAUAAUUUCAAAAGACUGGAAUAUAUGUUGUUACAUUGAUUUUACAAUAAAAAUGGAGACUGAAUUCAGAAUAUCUAGAA